UCUCAUGGUUUGCUUUAUCUUCUCACGUCAUCUUUGGUAUUUGAACUGAUAUAGAUAAUAAUUCAUUUCUUACGGAUUUUCAGAUCUAGUAGCAUAGAGUUAUGUAAGAAAUUCUCUAUAAUUUUGACUUUUUCACUGUUUGGUUUAUUUCCUUUUGUCAAUGCUAACUCUGUACAUUUGUUGUUCCUUUCUUUCCCCUCUUGAUUUAGAUAGGUUGAAAAUUAAGUUCGCGAACUUGCCACCGUGCACUUACAUUGGCAGCACUGUGCAAACAGCUCGGAAAUGCACAAUUUUGAGGACGAGUUAACAUGCCCCAUUUGUUACAGUAUAUUUGAAGACCCUCGUGUAUUACCAUGCUCUCAUACAUUUUGCAGAAACUGCUUGGAAAACGUUCUUCAGGCAUCUGGUAACUUUUAUAUAUGGAGACCUUUACGAAUUCCACUCAAGUGCCCUAAUUGCAGAAGUAUUAUUGAAAUUCCUCCAUCUGGUAUUGAAUCUUUACCUGUUAACUUUGCAUUAAGGGCUAUUAUUGAAAAGUACCAGCAAGAAGACCAUCCGGAUAUCGUCACUUGCCCUGAACAUUAUAGGCAACCAUUAAAUGUUUACUGUCUACUAGAUAAAAAAUUAGUUUGUGGUCAUUGCCUUACUAUAGGUCAACAUCAUGGUCAUCCUAUAGAUGAUCUUCAAAGUGCCUAUCUGAAAGAAAAGGACACGCCUCAGAAAUUGCUUGAACAGUUAACUGACACACACUGGACAGAUCUCACUCAUCUUACUGAAAAGCUAGAAGAACAAAAAUCUCAUUUGGAGAAAAUGGUCCAAAGUGAUAAGGAAGUUGUUCUCCAGUAUUUUAAGGAGCUUAGUGAUACAUUAGAACAGAAGAAAAAAGUUUUCCUAACUGCUCUCUCUGAUGUGGGCAAUCUGAUUAAUCAAGAAUAUACUCCACAAAUUGAAAGAAUGAAAGAAAUGAGAGAGCAGCAGUUUGAAUUAAUGACAUUGACAACAUCUUUACAAGAAGAGUCUCCACUUAAAUUUCUUGAAAAACUCGAUGAUGUCCGCCAGCAUGUGCAGAUCUUGAGACAAAUACGACUCCCUGAGGUCCAACCUGUUGAAAUCUAUCCUCAAGUAAGCCAAGUAUUGAAAGAAGAUUGGAACAGAACAGAAAUUGGACAAAUAAAGAAACUUCUCAUUCCUAAAAUGAAAAUUUCUUCUAAAAGGAUGCCAUGUUCCUGGCCUGAUGAUGAAAAGGAUGUUGAACUUUUUAGGAUUCUAAACAUUGCUACAGUUUCACUAAUUUCUGUGAUACUGAUGUUGAUCCUCUUUUUUAACCAAAACAUAAUAACCUUUCUAAAUGAAAUCACUUCAGUGUGUUUCUCUGAAAUCUGUCUAUCUGUUUACCAAAGUUUAUCUAACAAUCUGCAUGACUUAAAGAAUAUACUAUGUCACACUUUGCAUUUACUAAAGGAAUUCAUGUGGAAAAUAGUUUCUCGUUGAAAAUUCAAAUCUAAAUCAUUUAAAUAGGCUUAUUCUGUAUAGAGACUAAGAACCAUUGCUAAAUGGAGAAAUAGGGGUAGCAUGGAUAAAGAAAAUAGCAAACUAAACUAUUAGAAUUGCAGCAAAUAUGUAGAAAUAUUUUAAACCUGUCAUUCUUCUGUUGGAUAGAAAUGUAUCAGUUAGAAAUGAGACAAAAUGUGUCUAGUUUUCAGCCUGAAAACUAGAAUAAAAUCUAGUAAUUAUUUGAUUUGACUAUUAACACAUCCCAUUUUUAUGGCUUGAGAGGUUGACUUAAUAUUGUUAUGACAUUUAAACAUUCUCGUACGAAUAUGUUUUUUAGUGUUAAUAUACUACAGUGGUUGCCAGAAUCCUGAAAGUGCCCAUGCCUUUGUUUUUGAUGUGGCUCGGAUAUUUCGAAUGGGCAACUAAGGAUGUUAAGGUUUUAAAAUCAAGUAGCAAAGUCUAAAUUUAAUGAUAAAGGGUUGCUUAAAGAUGUUUUUGAUCAAACAUACCUGAUUCAGACAUUAAUGGGUUUCAGAUUUAAGAGCCCUAAAAUGUUUUACCAACUUACAUUCCUAAUAAAGCUAUUGCUAUUGGAAAUCUUAAGUGUUGUUAGGGAACAAACAGUGACAUUUUCUAAUACUUAUAUUCUGUGGUUUGUGUAAUUUUAGGAUUUAACUUUUGUGUAGUUUUUAGUUGUCAGUCAGGUAAAUCUGUUCUUUGAUAAAAACUCUAAAACAUGUUACUAGAACAAAAUAUAUAUUCCAUCCACAUCAAACUUGGAUAGCAUCAUAUUAAUUGUGUUUGUCUUAAAUUUUCAGCCAUACAUUCCCUUAUGCUAUUGCCAGAGUACCAAUGUGCUAAUCUUACUGAAUUUUGCUUAAAAGGGAGCCGUAGCACUUAGAGGACUGGCUGCAUGAGGUCCGUUUAUGACCAGAAUCAGAACUUACCUAGCACAGUUAACUAUUGUGUGGGCAAAGAUCAUUUGAAGGGUGUGAUGGAGGUGAGGGAGAUAGAUAUUCAGCAACUGAAAUAGAAAUAGAAAUAAAUAUUAACUUCAGACUGAAGUUGCAAUGAGUUAAUUAUUUAAAAGUAUUAGUCACAACACAAAAACACCAUGUACUUUUAAAUACAUGUAAAUAUUAAUAAGCACUGAAAUGUGCUUAUUAAUAAGUUUAUGUUAGCUAUUAUGUAUCAAGCAUUUAAUCUCAAUUUGUGAAGUAGGUAUGAACCCCCACUUUGUAGAUGAAAAAACAGACACAAGUAUCAUUAGUCCGAGGUCACAUAGUUAGUAUAUGGGAGCCCCCCUCAGAUUCAGAGUUCAUGGUGUCAUGCUACCUUUAAAGGAUUAAGUAAGCCAAGAUUUUUAUUAAAUUGGGGCUUCUAAUCUAAAUCUAAGCAUUAUAGCUAAAAAGUGAAGCAUAAACCUAUCAACAUUUUCGGUUUGAUAUGACUUUUGUAAAUUUGCCAGUUUUCAGUAGACAAAACUUUAUUUCUUGAUGACUUUUAUGUAGUAUGCAUGAAUAUGGUCAAGCACAGACAUACCCAGGUUUAUUGCACUUUGCAGAAUAUUACGUGUUUUUUUAAAACAAAUUGAAGGUUUGUGGCAACCCUGCAUGAAGCAAGUCUGUGCCAAAGAUUACAACUUCCUGAAGGCUCGGAUGAUGGUUAGCAUUUUUUAGCAAUAAACUUUUUAAAAUUAGGUAUGUACAUUGUUUUUUUAAAGAUAUAAUGCUAUUGCACAGUUAGUAGACUGCAAUAUGUGUAACAUAAACAUACCUUUAUAUACACUAGGAAACCAAAAAUUUUGUGUGACUAGCUUUACUGUGGUCUGGAACCACACCCACACUAUUUCCAAGGUACGCCUGUAUACGAAUAACUGAUUCUUAUACAUGCCAUUCUCUUUUGUAUUUUUACCAGAAGGAUGAGAUUGUAAAAUUUAAAGUAUAUAAUCUUGAAAUACUUCUAGUUUUAUGUAUAACAAGU